AUGCAGUCACUUUACUUACCCACCUGCCAUUGCUUGUUAGCUUUGCUAUCUGUCCUGGUACCGGCGAUUGCUUCUAUCCAGGAAGAUUACUCCCAGUAUGUGAAUGCCCUGAUGGGUUCAGAAGGACCCUUUCCAGGCAAAGGCUAUGGAGGAGGCGAUAUCUUCGUGGGGGGAGCGCGGCCUUUCGGCGUGGCAAAGGUAGGUAUCGACACUACGGCUGCAAACUGGAGCCUGGCGGUCCUCAAUGGGGGUUGGACGCCAGAUGGAAAUGUUACGGCGAUCACCAUGAUGCAUGAAAGUGGUACUGGAGGUGCACCAAAAUAUGGAAUAAUUCCCCAGAUGCCGCUCACAGAUGUUGCGCCCCCGGUGAAUCUGCUCGAUAAUUUGACCUACUCCCAGCCUAGGGUCGAGCUCUCGGCCUCUCGCCAUGCUGGAAUCAUCCAGUAUAGCUUCCCCGAGGGCGAAAAGCAUGUACUGGUCGAUCUUUCUCAUUAUCUUCCCGGGUCACCCAAUGAUCCCAAUGGUCAAUUCUACGUUGCCGGCGAAAUUCAAUUGAAGGAUGAGGGACGGGCUUACACUGGCUAUGGGACGUUUAUGGGUGGCUGGAACAACGGCGCGCCAUUCACAGUCUACUUCUACGGAGAAUUUUCUAUAGCCGCAGAGACAGCUCGCACCUUCGCAGGGAAGAAUACCGAGCCGAUGCCGCGUUAUCAGAGCUUCGCCAACGGUGGCAGCAGUCAGCCAGUAUACGGUAAUUUGACUGAUAAGCAAGCCACAUCAGGACCCAUGAAUGAUCGCGUCGGGGCGCUCUUCAGUUGGAACACUACCUCAAGCGCUCAAAUUAUUUCCAGGGUUGGUGUAUCCUUCAUCUCCGAAGAAAAGGCCCGUGCCUACAUUGAAUCAGAGAUUCCAUCCUGGGACUUGAAUGACACGGUGCAGUCGGCUGUGGAAGAAUGGAACCAAGAUGUUUUCAGCAAGACUCGGAUUGCAUUGGACGGAACAGCGAAUAUGACGCAUGUGCGGCUGCUCUACAGUUCUCUCUACUUUAUGCAUCUGAUGCCGUCCGAUCGGACUGGCGAGAAUCCUCUCUGGCAGUCGGAUGAGCCAUUCUGGGACGACUUUUAUACAAUGUGGGACAUUUUUCGCUGCACGAUUAGUUUCUACCAUAUAUAUCAACCUGACUACUAUGAGUCUAUGAUUCGGGGUCUGAUCGAUAUAUGGAGACACCAAGGUUUCCUGCCAGAUGGACGCUCAGGAAACUGGAAUGGACUGGUCCAAGGCGGCUCCAAUGCCGAUAACGUGUUAGCGGAUGCCUACAUCAAGGGCCUCCGCGGGGCGAUCAACUGGACCGACGGCUAUGCCGCCAUGAAGACCGACGCGGAGGUGAUCCCAUACAACACAUGGGACCCCACAGACCCCUCAGCCAGCACCAAAGAGGGGCGCGGCGCCCUGGGCGAUUGGCUCGAGCUUGGAUAUGUCUCACAAGAUCGUAACACAAGAUGUAUAUCCAGAACCGUUGAGUACAGCCUAAAUGAUUUUGCGCUGAGCCAAGUCGCCUCGGGAGAGAUGCCUAGUGACCAGGAAAAGUAUCUGAAUCGGUCCGCUGGAUGGCAGAAUAUAUGGAAUUCGGAUGUUUCUAGUCUGAACCUCACAGGAUUUCUGGCACCUAGGUUCUCAUACGGCACGUUCAACAGCAGCACAUAUGAUCCCCGCUACUGUGACAAGUGCGAGUGGCUGGACUAUACGUAUGAAGCCGUGCCUUGGGAAUACUCUUUCGUCAUUCCCCAUGACAUGGAGACCCUGGUUGAUCUAAUGGGAGGCGUGGACACGUUCGAAUCCCGACUUGAUCUAAUGUUUGCGCCAAAUAUUAACGAGCCUGACUUCGCCACGCCUUACCUGUACAAUUACAUCAACAAGCAAGCAAAAAGUGUUCAGAGAUCGAGGGGCCUCGGAUACCAAUAUUUCAACGACGCACUCUACGGAGUCCCCGGCAACAGUGAUGCAGGGGCAAUGAAUUCAUGGCUUUUGUGGCAGAUGCUGGGUAUCUACCCGGUGGUCACCCAGCCAGUGUACCUGAUUGCCUCGCCCUGGUUCCCGGAUCUCAACAUGACCAUCAACGGCAACCAGACGCUUCGGAUUAUCGCGAAUGGCCUGGACCAGGGCUAUUAUGUGCAAAGCGUGAGGAUCAACGGACAGGCCUGGACGAAGAACUGGUUCGAGCACGAGGAUCUCAUGGCACGUGGGGGCACGAUCGAGUUCGAGCUGGGGCCCAACAUGACGGCUUGGGAGACCGGCAGUGUGCCCCCUUCCCCGGGACAUAGGAGAUUGUGA